AGUACUAACUACGUCAGUGUCACUUCUUAGUUAGCUCUGCCUAUACAGAGUAAGAAGUGUUGAUGAUGAAGAAGAAGAUGAAGAGACCCAGUCCCAGUUGUUCUUGUUCCAUCUCUUUGCUACUUCUCUACUCGUCGCUAAUCUUCCUCUCAUCUUCUUUGUCGGUGGCCUUUCCCGUCCAGCUCAACGACGACGUCCUUGGCCUCAUCGUGUUCAAGUCCGACCUCGUUGACCCGUCAUCUUCCCUCGAGUCUUGGUCUGAGGACGACGACUUUCCCUGCUCGUGGCCGUUCGUUCUGUGCGAACCCUCCACCUCCCGGGUCACUGAGCUCCAUCUCGAUGGUCUUGGCCUCUCCGGCAAGAUCGGUCGUGGCCUCCAGAAGCUCCAGCACUUGAAGGUCCUCUCCCUUUCCGGUAACAACUUCACCGGCACCAGCAUAAGUCCCGGUCUCACCCUCCCGAGCAAUCUCCAACGGCUCAACCUCAGCAACAACGGGCUCUCGGGCCGGAUCCCUACUUCUCUUAUCAAUAUGAGCUCUAUUGCUUUCAUUGAUCUCUCUGGGAAUUCAUUCUCUGGUCCCCUCCCUGACGACUUCUUCACGGGCUGUCUCUCUCUCCGGUACAUCUCCUUGGCAGAUAACAUGCUCGAAGGUCCGAUCCCGAGCACAUUGUCUUCAUGCUCCCUUGUUAACAACCUUGACUUCUCCAACAACCGGUUCACAGGCAUCCCGAACUUCGCUUCCGGGUUUUGGACAAUGCAAAGGCUCCGGGUGUUGGAUCUUGCAAAUAACAGACUCUCAGGUUCCGUACCCAGCGGAGUGCCAGCCCUCCACAACUUGAAGCAGUUGAUUCUUAAAGGCAAUCAGUUCUCGGGCCCCUUACCUGCUGAUCUCGGGCUGUGCCCGCACUUGAGCGUGUUGGAUUUCAGCAACAAUCUCUUCACGGGAGAACUGCCCGAAUCCAUCCAACGGUUAAACUUCCUCACUUCUCUUAGCUUCUCCAGUAACCUGCUCACUGGGGAUUUUCCUGAUUGGAUUGGUAACAUGACCAGUCUUGAAAGCAUAGAAUUCUCAAGGAACCGGUUCACGGGAAGCCUCGCCACAUCGAUGGCUAACCUCCAGGCACUCAAGCUUUUGAGCAUAUCCGAGAAUGGAAUAACUGGAAGCAUCCCGAGCUCUCUGGUUUCCUGUUCGAAAUUAUCAGUCAUCAGGUUAAGAAGAAAUAGCCUAACUGGUCAGAUACCAGAAAAUUUGUUCAACCUGGGAUUGGAGGAAGUUGAUAUUUCCAACAAUGCACUCGUCGGUUCAAUUCCAGCGGGUGCGAGCAAGUUUCUCUACUCCCUUCAGAUUUUGGAUCUGUCGGGAAACAAUUUGACCGGCGUUAUUCCAGAAGAGAUGGGCCUGUUUUCGAGUUUGAGGUACUUAAACCUAUCAUGGAACAAACUGCAUUCGAAGAUUCCCUCAGAGUUUGGAUACUUUCAGAACUUGACAAUAUUGGAUCUUCGGAAUAAUGGCUUUUAUGGUUCGAUUCCUGGGGAUAUAUGCAAUUCUGGAAGCAUGGGCAUUCUACAGCUAGAUGGUAAUUCCUUCACGGGCCCGAUUCCUGAAGAGAUUGGAAACUGCUCUUCUCUCUACCUGCUGAGCCUCUCACACAAUCACUUGAGUGGUCCUAUACCGAACUCUCUCUCAACAUUGAGCAACCUCAGGAUCCUAAAAUUGGAGUUCAACGAGCUGAUUGGUGAGAUACCCCAGUCGCUUGGUAAGCUAGAAAAUCUCCUUGCUGUGAACAUGUCCUACAAUCGACUUAUUGGAAGGUUGCCUACUGGAGGAAUUUUCCCGAGCUUAGAUGAAAGUGCCCUGCAGGGUAAUCUUGGGAUCUGCUCACCCUUGCUGUCAGGCCCUUGCCAGAUGAAUGUCCCAAAGCCACUAGUCCUCGACCCGUAUGCAUAUGGCAACCAAAUAGAUGGCCAUAAGGACAGGGACGGCGAAUCAAGCUCUUCCUCAUUGCACCAUCAUGUGUUCCUCAGCGUCUCUGCAAUUGUUGCUAUUUCGGCUGCUCUGCUGAUUGCUUGUGGAGUGAUCGCGAUAACUGUUUUAAAUGCGUCUGCUCGGAGAAGGCUUGCAUUUGUUAAUGCUGCUCUAGAGAGCAUGUGCUCAAGCUCCUCAAGAUCGGGAAGUCUUGCCUCAGGAAGGCUCAUAAUGUUCGACUCCAAGUCAGCUUCCCAUGAGAGUAUUAGCAAUCCCCAGGCGCUGCUAAACAAGGCCUCUGAGAUUGGGGAGGGUGUCUUCGGGACAGUCUACAAGGUUCCACUGGGAGUGCAGGGAAGAAUAGUAGCCAUUAAGAGGCUUAUCACAUCGACAUUAACCCAAUACCAGGAGGACUUUGACAGAGAAGUGCGAGUCCUCGGAAAGGCAAGGCACCCGAAUUUGAUUUCCCUAAGAGGGUAUUAUUGGACCCCGCAGCAACAACUCUUGGUCACCGAUUACACCCCAAACGGAAGCUUACAGUCCAAGCUGCACGAAAGGCUUCCCUCUACGCCACCACUUUCCUGGGCGGUCCGUUUCAAGAUCAUUGUCGGGACGGCCAAGGGGCUCUCCCACCUCCACCACUCGAUCCGGCCACCAAUCAUUCACUACAACCUGAAACCAAGCAACAUCUUACUGGAUGAGAAUUUCAACCCCAAGAUCGCAGACUUUGGGCUUGCGAGGCUCCUGACGAAGCUCGACAGGCAUGUUAUGAGCAACCGGUUUCAGAGCGCCCCGGGCUAUGUCGCACCAGAGCUAGCGUGCCAGAGCCUGAGGGUCAAUGAGAAAUGCGACGUCUAUGGCUUCGGGAUAUUGAUCCUUGAGCUGGUGAUGGGCAGGAGGCCGGUGGAAUACGGCGAAGACAAUGUUGUGAUUCUCUGCGAUCAUGUGAGGGCUCUGCUUGAGCAAGGCAACGUGUUGGAUAGCGUGGACCUGAGCAUGGGCGAGUACCCAGAGGACGAGGUAUUGCCAGUCCUGAAGCUUGCUCUGGUGUGUACCUCUCAGAUACCUUCCAGCAGGCCCUCAAUGGCAGAAGUUGUGCAAAUACUUCAAGUCAUCAGGACCCCAGUCCCACACAGAAUGGAUGCAUUUUAACAGGAAUUAAUCUCAUUAUAUCGUGAUCGUUUUCUUGCUUUUCCUUCAUCCAUGCGCUUAAUGGACAAAGUGCAGUUUUUCCUUUCAACCUCAACAAUUGUAAGCUGCUCCUUAUUUCUCAAUGAUGUGCGUCCUCUCAUUUA